AUGACGUCGUCGAUAGCGGGCGGCGGCGUUCGAGCGCCGACGGUGCGCGCGACGGCGCCGGCGCGACGCGCGACGACGCGCCGCGCCGUGCACCCCCCCCGCGUCUGCCGUCCCGAGGCGAACGCAAACGCGUCACCCAUGGGUCCACCCUCCGUCCGCUCGACGUCCUCCGCGCGACGCCGGACCCGACGCGCCGCGGUGGACUCCACCGCGGGACUCCUCGCGAGCAUGGACGAGCGGGAUCCGCCCCCGGUCGACCCGAACCUCGAGCUCGAGCUCGACGGCGUCGUCGUCCUGAACGGCUCCGUCGACCCCGAUGCUGCCGCCCCAAUCGCCCGCGACGAGAAGGACGACGACCACGACGACGACGACGGGCCCAUCUUCAGCGGCGAGCUCUUCGCGCGGCUCGUGCGGUUCACCCUCCCCACGAUGGCCAUCUGGCUCAGCGGACCGAUACUCUCCAUGGUGGACACCGCCGUCGUCGGCAAGGCGAGCACGCUGGAGCUCGCGGCCAUGACCCCGGGGGGCGUCUACGUAGAUUACCCAUCCUACCUCCUAUCGUCCGCGCUGGCCGUCGCCACCACCACCUUGGUCGCCCAGGAGCGCAUGAAGCGACGAAGAGCGAGAAGCGAGACGGCGGACGGCGACGGCGACGGCGACACCACCGUCUCCGACGCCGUCGCCCUCGCCGCCAUCCUCGGGCUCGUCGUCGCCAUCGUCCUCGCCGUCGCCGCCGCGCCGGCGGUGGCCAAAUUCGCGGGCCCGCGAUCCGCGUCCAUCGUCCCCGCGGCGCUGACGUACGCGUCCAUCCGGUGCCUCGGCGUCCCGUUCGCGCUCGUGGCGUCCGUGGCGCAGGCGUCCUUCCUCGCGUGCAAGUCCCCGGCGCAGCCCUUGCUCGCGGUUGGCGCGUCCGGCGCGGUGAACCUCAUCGCGGACGUGGUCCUCGUGUGCGGUUUGGGUUGGGGCAUCGGCGGCGCGGCGGCGGCGACGGUGGCGUCGCAGGCGGUCGUGGCGGCGGCGCUGGUGUACCUGCUGCUGAAGCAGGGGAGGGAGAGACGCGCGGCGGCGGGGGGUGGGGGUGGUGGGGGAGUCGACGACGAAGACGACGUGGAUGACGUUCGGGCUUCGUACUACGAGGGCGGCGUGAUUCUCGAGGACGCGGAGUUACCGGCGGAGGAGGCGGACGAGGACGCCGUGACGCCGCCGUCCCUGCGCGCGGUCCCGCGUUCGAUCCCGGGGUUGGCGCAGGCGACGCGGUUCCUGAAUAUCGCCGGCCCGGUGUGCUUCCUCAACUCGAUCAAGGUGCUGUUCGUGGCGAGUUUAGUGCAGGCGGUGACGGCCAUCUCCCCCGCGUCCUCCGCCGCGAACGGGGUGAUGACCGCCAUCUACUUCUUCUUCGCCGUCAUGGGCGACGGGGUGUCGCAGGCGGCGCAGACGUUCCUGCCCCCCGUGCUCGGCUCGAGGCGCGCCACCGGAACAGCCGCCAUGCUCCUCAUCGCGGCGGCGGGUCUCGGAGCGCUCAACGCCGUGGCCAGCGCGGGCGUCGCCCUCGCGAUGCCCGGGCUGUUCACCAAAUCCGCCGAGGUGGUCGCCAUCAUGGCGGAGUGCGCGCCCGCGAUGUCCGUCGCGCUGCUGCUGCACACGGCGUCCAUGGGCAGCGAAGGGUGUCUGCUCGCGGCAAGGGACAUGCGCUUCAUGUCGUUUUGUUACGCUCCAAACGCGGCGCUCGCGUAUUGGACCCUCACUUUGUGCGUGGGUUCGUUCGGUAUGGGGGCGUCGGCGCUGUGGGUGGCGCUGGCGCAGUUUCACGCGUGCAGGCUGGUGGCGAACGGGGUGAGGAUGUUCGUGCUGCCCGGGCGGGGGUCGCCGCUGCGAAGGAGGCUGGCGGAGUGA